GCUCGGCGCGGGCUCACAAAGAGCUGCGGCGGCGGCCCGGCGCUCGGCCUCGCGGACGGAGCCGGCGGCGGCGGGGCGGGGGCGGCUGUGCACCCGCGCGGCCCCGCGCCCGGGCCAGGCCCCUAGACACCCCAUUUCCAGCCUCUUUCUGGCUCAUUUCCGCUGCUCAUGGGAGGAUGCACGGCAGGAGGCUGCACGGUUCUCUGUGCUGUCUUCAGAGCUGAUGGACACAGAACUAGGCCAGACGUGUCACAAGCCAGCAGAAGAGCAGCUAGCAGGAAAACCCACUCUGCCCGUGUCUCCGGAAGCUUGAAGCUUUGCUGAAUCCCGGGUGGGCACGCCAGCCUCUGAGGCCAGGACCGUCCUGCGGAUGGCUGAGAGUCCUCUGGGGCCUGGCAACUCUGAAAAGAUUUCGUCACCAGAAGGUCUGGGGGGACAUUACGAAACCACUUGUUUUCGUGGCUGCCUGCAGGUGACCAUGGCAGUGUGAGUGUCCGCCAUGGCCAACCGGAAGCGUCAGAGCACGGCGAGCAGCAUGCUGGACCACAGGGCGAGGCCGGGCCCCAUCCCCCACGGCCAGGAACCAGAGAGCGAGGAUGCAGAGCUGCCCCUGGAGGAGUACGUGCCCAAGGGCCUAGAGCUGGCUACCCUGCGGCCUGAGAGCCCCACGCCCCCAGACCAGGGGUGCCACGACCACAGCCCCGAUGGGGACUCCAGCUCUGACUACGUGAACAACACCUCCGAGGAGGAGGAUUAUGAUGAGGGCCUCCCCGAGGAGGAGGAGGGUAUCACCUACUACAUCCGCUACUGCCCUGAGGACGACAGCUACCUGGAGGGCAUGGACUGCAACGGGGAGGGGUACCUGGCCCAUGGCACACGCCACCUGGAGACGGAUGAGUGUCAGGAGGCAGUGGAGGAGUGGACAGACUCGGCAGGCCCCCACCCACAUGGCCACGGGGACGAAGGCAGCCCAGAUUACCGGGACAGCCACCUCCCUAUCCCAGAGGACGAGGCCUCCGUCCUGGAGGCCCAGGACCAGGAAGAAGGUGUCCACUACUGCCCCAGUGAAGAGGGCUAUGAGGACUACUACCCAACGGAGGCCAACGGGAAUGCGGGCAGCGCCUCCCCUUAUCGCCCGAGGCGUGGGGACGGGGACCUGGAGGACCAGGAGGAGGACAUCGACCAGAUCGUGGCUGAGAUCAAGAUGAGCCUGAGCAUGACCAGCAUCACCAGUGCCGGGGAGGCCAGCCCUGAGCAUGCACUGGUGCGGGGGCCUGAGCCAGGGCCCGGGGACUCCACAGAGGCUAGUCCGCCCAGCGAGGCCAGCCACGGCCCUAGCAGACACGAGGGAAGGCCCAAGUCACUGAACCUUCCUCCGGAGGCCAAGCACUCCGGAGACCCCCAGAGAGUCUUCAAGACCAAGUCCAGGACUCCAGAGGAGAGACCGAAGUGGCCCCAAGAGCAGGUUUGCAAUGGCUUGGAGCAGCCGAGGAAGCAGCAGCGCUCUGAUCUCAAUGGACCUGUGGAUAAUAACAACAUCCCAGAGACAAAGAAGGUGGCAUCAUUUCCAAGUUUUGUGGCUGUUCCAGGGCCCUGUGAACCAGAAGACCUCAUUGAUGGAAUCAUCUUUGCUGCCAACUACCUGGGGUCCACCCAGCUGCUCUCAGAACGUAACCCUUCCAAGAACAUCAGAAUGAUGCAGGCACAGGAGGCCGUCAGCCGGGUCAAGAGGAUGCAAAAGGCUGCCAAAAUAAAAAAAAAAGCGAAUUCCGAGGGGGAUGCCCAGACCCUGACCGAAGUGGAUCUCUUCAUCUCCACCCAGAGGAUCAAGGUGUUAAAUGCAGACACACAGGAGACCAUGAUGGACCACGCCUUGCGCACCAUCUCCUACAUCGCAGACAUUGGGAACAUCGUGGUGCUGAUGGCCAGGCGCCGCAUGCCCCGGUCGGCCUCGCAGGACUGCAUCGAGACCACCCCUGGGGCCCAGGAGGGGAAGAAGCAGUACAAGAUGAUCUGCCACGUGUUCGAGUCUGAGGACGCCCAGCUGAUCGCACAGUCCAUUGGCCAGGCUUUCAGCGUGGCCUACCAGGAAUUCCUGCGGGCCAAUGGCAUCAACCCCGAAGACCUGAGCCAGAAGGAGUACAGCGACAUCAUCAACACCCAAGAGAUGUACAACGACGACCUCAUCCACUUCUCCAACUCUGAGAACUGCAAGGAGCUGCAGCUGGAGAAGCACAAGGGCGAGAUCCUGGGCGUGGUGGUGGUGGAGUCGGGCUGGGGCUCCAUCCUGCCCACGGUGAUCCUGGCGAACAUGAUGAACGGCGGCCCGGCAGCCCGCUCAGGGAAGCUGAGCAUUGGGGACCAGAUCAUGUCCAUCAACGGCACCAGCCUGGUGGGACUGCCCCUUGCCACCUGUCAGGGCAUCAUCAAGGGUCUGAAGAACCAGACGCAGGUGAAGCUGAACAUUGUCAGCUGUCCGCCAGUCACCACGGUCCUCAUCAAGCGGCCUGACCUCAAGUACCAGUUGGGCUUCAGCGUGCAGAACGGGAUUAUCUGCAGCCUCAUGCGAGGGGGAAUUGCAGAGCGAGGAGGCGUCCGAGUUGGCCACCGCAUCAUCGAGAUCAAUGGGCAGAGUGUGGUGGCCACGGCCCACGAGAAGAUCGUCCAGGCUCUCUCUAACUCGGUGGGAGAGAUCCACAUGAAGACCAUGCCGGCCGCCAUGUUCAGGCUCCUCACGGGCCAGGAGACCCCGCUGUACAUCUAGGCCCACCCAGCCUGCACUGCCCAGCCUGCCUGGGUUCAGAGGAGCAGGAAAGGCUGGACCUGGGACCUGACCCCUGACCCCCACAGCCCAUGCAAGGACACUGGCUCCUCUGAAGGGCCUGCCCUCACCACCCACUUUUUUUUUUUUUUUUGGACAAAAAGGGGUAUGUCUUCAUCAAAGGAGAGUCACAGGAAGCAAUCUCUGUACAAGAGUCACGUGUUUUGCCCAUUCUGACCAGUUUUCUCGUUGCGACCAGCGGACAAGGGUGUUUCUUUGUAGCUGUGUGUGGUGUGGAGUAUGUCUUCCCUCCCUGAAGCCAUGGAGAGCGGACGUGAAGGGAGCCCCGCGAGGACAGCAAGCUCUGGGGGGCAGCGGUCGUCCCCUCCUGCCCCCCUCCUCCGGGGGGCCCUGGGGUGCUUCGGGGGAGGGCGCCCUGCUGCAGCCCGGCUCCCGGGGUGUGACUUGUAAGUGAGGUCCGGGAACAUGUGAUUGUACUGAACCAGAGGGGAGACGUUCCUGAGUUCAAUAAAUGAUGAUGGCUACAACAUCGCAACUCCAUAUUUAUUUAGACAACGUCACGGUGUUGACUUUUACUUUGAGAAGCCGAUCUUCGGAACUGAGGGUUCUCGGAUGACCCGCCAUCGCAGCCGCUGCUCCUGUCCUCCCCUGAGGCUCCGUGGACUUGAGAGGGCACCCCCUGCCAGCCGCCUCUCCUCUUCCCCCAGACCCCCUCACGGGGCGGGGCCCGCUGGCUCCUCCCACCAGGGACAAGGGACACCGAGGAGGCCCUCAGUUUCCGAUCUCUGUCUACACACACGCAUCCACACGCCAGCUCCCCGACCCCCAAAAGCCAAAACCCUCUCUGGACGACUCCGCCACUCCCGGGGCGGCCGGCAGCCGGCGUGGAUCCCUGGGCCUGCCAGGCGUCACCACGAGCAGUAUUAGCGUGUGUAGAUAAAGUGAAACGUAGUCUAGUGCGGUUCAGUAGAGGUCAUUGUUAACCGACGUCCUUUUGUCUGGAAGUCUCUUUUUUUGGCCCCGGCCUCGGAGAAUACACUGUGACUUAAGAAGCCUUACCAUGCAGUAACUAAAGCUUUAGGAUUACUGUAUUCAAGGAGUGACCUGUGUGUUGCAUGCAGCCGACCCUAGGAAGACUCACUAAUAUCACUAAUAAAGCUCAAGUCAUG